UGUGACCCGUGUCUCCCUGGUGGCCCCGGGGGCAUCCUGGCUGCAGGGGAGCCUCCUGAGGCCCCGGGGGCCAUGGUUCACCAAGCACUGAGGCUGGUGUGUGCAUCCACAGGGCUCUUCAUCCGGGUGAGAGACCCUUAGUGCCCACUGAAAGGCCUGCCCUGCCCCCCCCCCACCGCCCUCCGUGCCCUGAUACUCAGAAUGUCCUGCGCAUUAUAGAACCUGCAGCAAGGCAGGGGGGCGGGAGGGGGGUGGGGGAAACGGUGGGUUGCCAUGGCAACUCACUCCUCACCCAGCCCCCCCCCCACCCCAUGACAGGUCUGCCGGGGGUGGGGGUGAGGAAUGUCCUCCCCACCCCUCACGGGCCUCUGAGGAGCCUCCUCGAGGGACACUGACACUGGCCCUGUCUUCUGAGCCAAAGGACGGCCCCCAGAGACCUUCCCGCACAACGGCUGCUGACACAGGAAGACUGGAAAUCACCAAAGCCCCUUGACCCCUAACAGAUUUCCCAGUUAUAAAAGUUGUCUUUGUUUUCCUUUCUCUUUUCCCUCCCUUCCUUUUCCAGAAAAUCUUUUCUAGUCCUUCUUUAAAGUUUUUUUUAACGUUUAUUUAUUUUUUGCGACAGAGAGAGACAGCAUGUGAGCAGGGAAAGGGCAAAGAGAGAGGGAGACACAGAAUCUGAAGCAGUUCCAGGCUCCGAGCUGUCAACACGGAGCCUGACGCGGGGCUCGAGCCCACGAACUGUGAGAUCAUGGCCUGAGCCCAAGUCGGACGCAUACCCGACCGAGCCCCCCAGGCGCCCCUCCUAUUCCUUUUUUAUAGCUUACAUAACAGAGAUCAUUUUUAAAUGUGAAUCUUUUCCUAAGAAACACCCUUUUGGUGUUGGGCAACUGACGUUUCCGUCAAAGGUUGCUGUGGAACAACCAUAUUUUAAAAUGACUUCCUUCAAGCUUGGACCCAAGGCUGCUUUCGCUCACACGGAGAGGGACGGCGCUGACGCUGCCGCUUCCGCAAGCAGCAGACCCCGUAGCUCUGACUGGGCGCGGGUCUGCGCGGAUGUGUUCUUGGCAGAAAUAGCUGCACCUGCAAUGAGCCCGGAACCUCCAGACUGCACCGCCCGCGCCCUCGUGCAGCAGCGACACCACCCAGGACCACGACUGUCACCUGUCAUCGCCCGACCUCCCCUGCUGCUUCCUCUCCGCGGGCAGAUCCAGGUGCGCCCGAGGACCAGAUGCUUGUCCGGACGUGGCGGCUGGGAGUCGGGAAGGCCCGACGCGCUCACACCGGCUCCAGGGACGGAGGAAACCACACAGUGUCCACGGUGGCACCCACGUCACCAUCGCCAAGGCAGGGUGCCCUUACACGUGGUGUGUGUGAGGCCGGCCAGGGUCACUGCAGGCCAUCCCUUCCGGCCAGAGCCCCCGGCCCGGACGAGAGCCCCCUCCCUGUUCGGACGGCACCCGGCUGGGGUGCGAGGGCUCCUUCCUCUGCUCCCGCUGGGACCCGGCACUGUAAGGCCCUCCCCUCCCGUACCCUCGGACCCGCCGCCACCUGCUGCCACGUGUGUCUGCACUGUCCUCUCGUCGUGGGCCCUCACUUUGCACGUCGUCCGACUUUCCCUCCCCGCUCUGAAGGAGCCCUCUUCUCUAAACAUCACCAAGGACCCCCCAACCCGCCCCUCCCCUCCCACCACCCCUCUGGGGACCCCAGUCACUCCACAAGCAUUGGCUUUGCUCCCGCACCUGCCCCACGUUCCCGCGAGCACGCCCCUGUCUCUGACGCACACAGCAGGCCGCCAGUGGGUGGGAAUCCAGCCUCUUUGCCACUUCCUGCUGUGAGCACAGCAUGAGCAUCUCUGGGCCUGUCAUCUGUGACACGGACUGAUGGGGCAGGACCCAGAGCACAGGGUGUUUGUGAAGAGCAGGCACACAGUCAGAAUGUCCACGGCGACCUUCCGGGUCCACAGUGUGGGCCCACAGCGUGAUUGCCGAGGGCCCGAGCACCCGGAGUAUCACGGGUCGGUAGGAGAGGCUGUCCUCAUCGACCCUCCCUGGAGAGCCACAGAGCACACACUGUGCCCCCGGGAAUUGAGAUGGGCACAGGGCGGUCACCUGGUCCUCCACCAAGUGGGGGACGGACGGUCAGCAGCCCCCAGGACAUGAGGAUCUUUGUAGCCCGGCGGGUCAUAGAGCUCCGAGCUCCCGGCUUCAGCUCUCACGCCCCCCAGGGAGCCGAGCGCUCGCGGGCAGGUUUGGGGGCCUGUGAUGGGCAAGGCCCCUCCACCUCCAAGUCGACUUCCCGGCAGGGGUGGGGCUGCACGCACUCACCUUCUGGGCAGAGUCCCCUUAGACACCCCCCAGCCCCCCACACCCAGACAGCACGGUCCCCCCUGGGCAACCCGCUGACACCCCCUCGGGGUCCUCAGGCCAGCCUCCCCUGAGAGCAGCUGGGGACAACACCUUGGGGAUGGCGGGCCACGCCCAAUACCUAGGACGCAGUGACCCUAACUGCCAACGUCCUGCUGAGAACGAGGAGGACAUUUAAGACAGGCCACACUCAGGGCCACACGCCGGAGCUCUGAGGCAUCUGCACCUGCUCUGUGACCCUCAGGACCUAGUUUGCAAACGGGAAGACCAAACGGCACAAGAACCACACCAGACAGAGAGGACGAAACCACCAGACGCUGGGCCCCAGUGGGCUGUGCCCUGGGCUGGCCGUGUCACCGCUCGGGCUCCGCCCUCCUUCCCCAGAGCCUGUGCUCAGAGUGACAAACCACCCGGAAGGCACCCCAGCUCCUGGGCGCGGCAGGCAGGAGAGGAAGGUUCUGGGAGGUCAGAGGGGACGGCACACAGCCAGGCACAGUGCUCGGCUCACGUGAGGCUCGGGGAGGCUGGACACACAGGAGGAAAAGCCGGAGGCCAGAGGGCCUGCUCGAGGGAGGAGCCCCUCGCGGGCAGGAAGGCCGCGUGACAACGUGGGGGCCCUGAGGCAGAGCUUUCCAGGAGGGAGGCGCAGGUGUCCAGUCACCUGCAGAGACGUGGGGGCCGCAGAGAGGAAGGCACGGCCUGUCCCCCAGAGGGAGGACGCCUCGGGCUGUGCACAGAGCCCGGGCCCUCAGCCCCGGGAGGCCUCUGGGGUGGCCACAGCAGGCGCCAGUCCAU